AUGACUGCCCAACAAUUUGACUUCUCAGAUCAUUCCCAUAGACGUUACAACCCAUUGACCGACUCAUGGAUUUUAGUUUCUCCACACAGAGCUAAGAGACCUUGGUUAGGCCAACAGGAGGCUGCUUGCAAGCCCAAUGCUCCAGCGUACGAUCCAAAGUGCUAUUUGUGUCCUGGUAACGAAAGAGCUACAGGCGUUCAAAACCCAAAUUAUGAAUCAACAUACAUCUUCCCCAAUGAUUAUGCUGCUGUUAAGAUUGACCAACCCCCUUUACCACAUAAUGAUUUAGGUAGGGACACUUUAAAAAAUAGAUUAUUCAAAGUUCAAUCUGUGAGAGGUAACUGUUUCGUCAUUUGUUUUAGUCCAAAACAUAACUUAACCAUUCCCCAAAUGAAACAAUCAGAUCUAGUCCAUGUCAUUAAUGCUUGGCAAAAGCUUUAUAACGACCUUGCUAGAGAAGCAAGGGAAGAUCAGAAACCUUUCAAAUACGUGCAAAUCUUUGAAAACAAAGGGACUGCCAUGGGUUGUUCUAACUUACAUCCACAUGGCCAAGCCUGGUGUUUAGAAGCCAUUCCUAGCGAAGUUUCCCAAGAACUGAAAUCUUUUGGUAAAUAUAAACACGAGCACAACGCUGACUUAUUUGCCGAUUAUGUUAAGUUAGAAUUAGAAGAAAAAACAAGGCUUGUAUUGGAGAAUGACUCUUUCAUGAUUGUUGUUCCAUACUGGGCUGUUUGGCCAUUUGAGACCAUGGUUGUUUCCAAGAAAAAGAUUGCCUCUAUUAGCCAUUUUGACCAAAAGCAAAAGGAAGAUCUUGCUUCGAUAAUGAAGCAGUUAACUACCAAGUAUGACAAUCUGUUUGAAACAAGUUUCCCAUACUCUAUGGGUAUUCAUCAGGCUCCCUUAAAUGCGACUGGUGAAGAACUAAAUAACAGUUGGUUUCAUAUGCAUUUCUAUCCACCGUUGUUGAGAUCAGCUACUGUUCGAAAAUUCCUGGUUGGUUUUGAAUUACUAGGUGAGCCUCAAAGAGAUUUAACUCCCGAACAGGCUGCGGAAAGAUUAAGAAAACUAGAUGGUAAAGUUCACUAUUUAGAAAAAUUGUGA